AUGACUUUGUUCCCCACCAAGUUUGAAAAUGGGAAGAUUGAGUACAAGAUAAGGUACAAGGGGAGAUCAAGGCCAUUCUCUAGAGCCAAGGCCUUGGUGACUUCAGAACAGUCCAGGGACCCAACCAAGCUAAAGGAGCUUCUGUCUCAAGUCCUCACUAUCACCCUUGAUGGACCCAAUCAAGAAACAAGUAAGAUGUUGAGAGGUGAAGGAAGCAAGCAGCUUCAAGAAGGGAGGAAGCAAGAAGAAUGA